AUGGUGGAAGAUUUUGAUCUCCUGGAGGAGUUUCGUGUAUCCGAGUCGAGAGGAGUGAAAAGAGUUGAAGGUUCGGAACCGGAGGCGGUGGCUUACCGUGUCAACCCUGCCAUCCACCUGCAGAAGACCAUGAGUGACGUCUACCCUGAUGGCCUUCCCUCCGACUAUUCCGUCAUCGCAACUUUCAAGUUGACCAAAGACGCGAUCAAGAACUCUUGGAACCUGUGGCAAGUCAGUGACCCGGACGGUCGGGAGCAAGUGGGCCUACGUUUCCAGGGGGAUACGUCCUCGCUGGACUUCUUCUACAUCAGUCCCGGCGGGAGCCAGAUGCUGAGAACCUUCCGCGGCGUGGGGAAGCUGUUUGACGGCGAGUGGCACAAGUUGGCACUGAGCGUGAAGGGCAGCCAGGUGAAGCUGCUCAUAGAUUGCGAGGAGGUCAGCGUGGAGUCCAUUGAUGAGCCCAUGCCGGUCAUUCGUAGUGGAUACACCUCCAUCGUCAAGCGAGCUGCACGGGAUCGCUCGGUCUCAGUGGACCUCCAGCAGAUGGAUGUGUCAUGUGACCCAGAGAAGGCCUACUCCGAAGGCUGUUGCGAACUGUCCAACGUGUGUGGAGGUUACGCGGAGAUCGGCCUGACAGCCGGUAGAGCGUCUUGCAAAUGCAUGCACGGACAGCCAGGUAUCCAAGGACGUCCAGGGCCAAUGGGUCACAUAGGCCUUCCCGGAGAGCUCGGGGAUCGAGGAAGACAAGGAAACUGGGGCAUCAGGGGAAACACAGGAGACUACGGCAACGUUGGGGAGUCGGGUCAUAAGGGUGAAAUAGGAAGCAAAGGCGAGAAAGGAAUGAGAGGACUUUGGGGCCGUGUGGGAGAGCGAGGUCCUACGGGACUGAAAGGAUUAAAAGGUGCUGCAGGCUUCAAGGGUGUUCGUGGAGGCCCAGGAGACAUCGGAAAUACCGGGAGGCUGGGAGAAGUUGGCAGGAAAGGUGAACGAGGAUAUGAAGGAAUUGCUGGCUAUGAAGGAGUAAAGGGUGAGAAAGGGAGCACUGGUCCAGAAGGGAAUCCUGGCCCGCGAGGAACGUCGGGCAUUGUGGGAGAUCCAGGAGAGAGAGGGGCUGCUGGACAGAAGGGGAAGCCCGGUGUCACAGGACCUCGUGGUAGAAGUGGCACUAUUGGACCAAAGGGCAUCGUUGGAGAUCCUGGGAUAUUUGGUAGAGAUGGAGACCAUGGAAUAGAGGCUUAUCAAGGCCCACAAGGCCAAAGUGGAAAACUGGGACUAGGUGGCACAAAGGGGGAGAAAGGUACCUUCGGGACACCGGGAGAAAUGGGACCUCAUGGCCGAACUGGCCCAAGAGGUUACAAAGGCUCUGCGGGGAAACCAGGCAGACCCGGAUUCAUUGGACCACCGGGACCUAAUGGACAUGUGGGAGUGGCUGGAAAACAAGGGAGCAAGGGUGAUACAGGAAUCCCCGGAAUUCAAGGAGUCAAAGGUGCACUGGGAGAAAAAGGCGUGAAAGGCCCCAAAGGAAGGGUUGGAGACGGCGGGGAGCCGGGUCCUCAGGGAGGACGGGGAAAGCGCGGCCCAGCUGGCCCAGAUGGACGCUCGGGUCCCGUGGGAGUCAAAGGAGUGCGAGGUGAAGGAGGACCAGAUGGAUUUCAGGGCCCCCCAGGACCACCGGGUCCAACACUGCCGGCUCAACAUGUGAUCGAGGUUUGCAAGAAAGUGGUCCUGGAGCAGAUGUCCACCUUCGCCAACUCCAUCAAGAGGACGUGCGCCGCAGUGUGCCCUCUCUAUGGAGAUGUUCCCAUGGGCGCUCCCGGUCCACCCGGACAGAAAGGCCCACCCGGGCCUCCUGGUGACACUGGGAGAAACGGCGAAACUGGAGAAGUCGGCCGGCCAGGAUUUUAUGGUGAAGCUGGAGAUCCGGGCCAGCUCGGAGCGCCAGGUGACAGAGGAGAGCAAGGUGAUAAAGGAGCCAAGGGUCACGGCCUAUCUGGCUACACCGGGGAGCAGGGAAAAAUGGGUCAGCGUGGACGUCUUGGCCGGGUGUUUAAUGGCCAACCAGGGAAGCCUGGUGAACGAGGACACGCGGGCCUGGCUGGAAUCAGGGGCCACCCAGGUCUCCGAGGGCCCCCCGGUACGUGCCUCACCUCUGGGUGCGCGCUGCUCACAGCUACGACUCCAGCACCCCGGCCAGCACCUCAGGCUGCACCUCCUCGGAGGUUGAGGAACCGCCAGUAG